AAGUUCUUACUAAGUGCCAAAAGAUGGCCUUCUUCAGAACCCUUCGCUCGUGUCGCUCGUAUUCAUUUCUCAGGUACCAAAACACGUCAUUCGUAGCUAGAAAUCCAACGGAAGCUUCUCCAUUUGCUCACUCUAACCUUUUCCAUCCCCAGAAAUGUGGUUGUGUGGUUCAUCAAUUGUUGUCUAAUUCGUCAAUUUCUCAAAGAACUAUGUCGGCUUCUACUCGAACGGAAGAAGGAGCAGAAGCCGAGUCCAGUGAUUCAGAGAAGGAUGAAUGGACUGACGCAUCUGAAAAUGGCCUUGAAAAGAAUAAGAAGAAGGAGAAGAAGCCACUUGAUGUUCUGUUCAAAGAGGCCGUUGGAUUAAUUGAAAAGCCCGAAGAUAGCGAAUCUGAAGAAGAAGAAGAAUCGCAGGUAGGAGAACUUAAUGAGAAAUUACGGAAAUUGGAAGCAGAUGUGAGGAGGCUUCAAGAAAAUGUUGUGAAUAUAGAAAAGCUCAAAAAUUUGUCCAUGGAAAAAGAAGACCAAUCAGAUGAAGGACAACCAAAGGCUCAAUCCAAAACGAAUACAUUAUCUUCUAUGUUCACUCCUUCCAAUAAGUCUCUGAAGUUACGGACGCCGAAAGAGGAUAAGCCCCGACUAUCAGAACUUUCACCCGAAAUGGUUUCGCUUGUGGAACGUUUCUAUGACGAAGGGUACUUGAGAAAUGCAAAUUUCUUGCAACGUAAUAGGUUGGACAUCAGUUGUUUCUCCGAAGAAUAUCCUCGAGAUUUCUUGAAGUCUGCAGCAGAAAGAUUUGGCCAGGACCAUCAUGAAAUUGCAACAUGGUUGUCUGGUAGCGACUUGAAAAGGGUUGCCCAGUUUGGUUGUCCUUCCAUAGAAAAGAGCAAUGUUUUUGCAGCCAAAAGAUUACGUGCCUUUUUUAGCAUUCAGGAAGAUACUGUAUGUCGGACGUGCAAAUUGAAAAGUUCAUGCAGAUUUGCAAACCAAAGAGUGUGGAAAAUUAAUAAUUUGAAUUUAGCUGAUGCAAUGAGGAUUCUCACUUUGUAUGACUUGGGUUCCGUCUCCCCUCAGCUGGUAGUACCAGAUGAUAUGAAGGCAUCGAUCAGUAAGUUGCUAAAGGAAGUGACCAGUCUCACUGAAUAGCAGCAUGUAGGAUCCAAGGACUCCCAGACGUCGUGUUUCAGGUGCAUGUGGCUUCAUUGUACCUUGAGAUUCGUACUAUUUUAUCUUAUGGCAUUGUCUCAUCAUACUUGUAAAUCAAUUGUUGCAAGAAUGGUUCCAUCAUUACUAAUGGUUC